AUGGCAGAUUCUUCAUCUGUUCAUGAUACCUCAGUUCGUCAACCCUUACUCACCAUAAAACCCCAACAAAACCUAAUCAUUGAUCUCACUCCCUUCGUUUAUGAGCUGUACAUGUUGUAUGUGGUUGAGUGUCUCAAAUACUCACCACUCGUCGAUGCACUGACAAAGGUUGAAGUAGUUCCUAUGUCGUUCUUGUCACUUGUUUACUCUACGGCGUUCUACAACAAGACUAAUGAGCAUAUCCACUUUGAGCUACACGAUGAGAAGGUCUCUAUCUCCAAGAGUCGAUUCUGUGCCCUAAUAGGUCGUUCUCAAGAUCAGUCUCUGGGAUUGUCUGAGCGGAGCGCUGGUUCUGACGGUGCUAGCAAGGCUUUCAUGACGGUGUUGUAUGGGUUGUACAAUGGGCUUAACCUUGACUAUGGGACCAUUAUUUGGCAGCAGUUGGUUCAGAGUCUAGUCUCUUCGUCCAAGCACUCGGAGAUUUCAUGUGGGCGUUUCUGGACUAUCAUCACUAAGUGGGCAAUGGAUCGUAAUCGUGUUCCAAUUAUGGCGGAUUCCUUGCUUUCUUCCAUCGCCACCUUUCAUACGACGAAGAUCAUUGUCACUGAUCCCACAAAGUUCACCUACAUUGGCUCUAUUCCUGAAACCAUGCUCGGUUGUAUCUCAGCAUCAAGCAAACUUCUUCAACAGUAUAGGAAGCGUAAGUCUGUUGGUCCACGUGAUCUCAUUCCCUCAAUGCUUCGCUCCAUUGAAGAAGGUGACAAACCAGCCAAAAGGGGCAAGAAGCCUGAGUCGCAGAAGAAGCCUACUAGGAGACUUAUUCUUCAAUCCUCAAGCGAUUCGGAUUCAGAAUAUGUUCCUCCUAAGCAGAAGAACGCUCCAUCUUCAGAUUCUGAGAAUGAAAGUUCUGAUGAAGAGGCUUCGGGCCGAGGGGAUACUCCGCCUCGCUCCCCUACUCCAGAAAUUCCGGUUCGAUCUUUGCCUUCUUCACCUCCAUCUGUUACAAUUCCUGCUUCUAUCCCUCCUAUCUCUCAAACAACCGCCUCUCAACCCUUCACUUCAAUACCUAUUCCCACUCCCAUUUUCACAAAUACAACUUCUACCACCACUACAAAACCUACAUUCACUAUUCCCAAACCACCUGCAACCGAACCUACUUUUACAACCGAACCUCCUCACACAACCGAACCUCCGCGAACAACCGAAACUCCAGUAACAACCGAACCUCCACCUUCUUCAAAACCUCUAUCCCAAACACCUUCUACAGAAACAACCCCGAUUUUGGGCGGUGAGGACUUGGAGUUCGACUCCACAUACUUCAGUCCUUAUCGAGUACAAAGUGAGGAUGAUGACGAUGAGCCUAUCACCAAAUGUCAUCUCAAAGCGAUCAACGACAAGCUUGAUCAACUGCUUUCCUCAUCUUCCUCAGGAGCCUAUUCAAAUGUUGUGUUAAAGGCCCUAUUCUCUUCACUUGUUGCUGAACAUUCAGCAUCUUUAUCUGAUGCAGCCAAGGCUAUUGAAGCCUCCACUUCUCAGUGUCAACAGACCUCUUGUGCUGUUGAUGCCUCUACUCAGGAGUGCAAGGAAGCGACCACAAAAGUCGAUAAACUAGUCUCUGACGCUCAUAUCUUUUUAGAUUCUUUACAGGCUGUUGCUGCCAAGAAUGCUGCCACUGUCAAUUCUUCUGUAGAAACUCUUCAGUCUGAUUGCUCGAAGGUUGAAGCGGCACGCCUUGCUAUUGAACAGGCAAAUGACAAGUUCCAUGCUAAUGUCAACGAACGCUUAACUCAACUGCAAGCGGACUUAGCUAUGGAAAAUGGGAUUAUGGAUGAGCUUGCCAAACGCACAACUCAGCUUAAAUUGCAAACACACAAGCUGCAAACUGCUACUGCUAAGAUUGAUGACCUCAAGUCAGAACGGGAGAUAAGCUCAGAUAAGCUCAGACCGACACUGGACGUUCUCAGCCGUAUCGAGGGUGUUCUGGUGACCGGGGUCCAACCGCAACAAGGGGGAGAAGAAGUGUCUAAUCCAAAAGAGAAAGUGCAACCUCCUCCCUCUACCUCAAAACCAUCUGCUAAACCGAAGGAUAAUGUAGCUUCGGUAAGUAACAAAGAGAAGAAGAAGAAGAAAAUCGGUGAUGACGACACAGAUCAUGAAGAUGAUGAUGUCUAUGCCGAAAAUCCAAAGAAUCCCUUCCAGAAGGUUAAGACUUCUGAGAAAGAUCUGGAAGAAAGUGUCAAGAAACACCAGGCUGAGCUAGAACAGAAGCGAAAGGAGGUGGAGCUUCUAGAAAAGACAAAGGCUUUGUUCCUUGUAUGGACAAAGGAUUCGCUUCAGAGGUGUGCAAUUGACGAGCCUGCUAUUCUAUGGCUCGAGCCAAUAAUUUCAUUUAGCCUUGACAACUCCAAGGAUGCGCAGUUCGAUAUGCCAAUCACCCGAAAGGCAUUCAUCUUCCACUGUUUCAAUUCGACUGCUGCCAUUCCAUCUCCAGACCCGAAGAGUUUUGAACUCAUCACAUCCUCAAAGGAAGAAGAAAUUCCACGAAUAGUUGUUGAUCAAGUGUUUGGUGAUACACAAAAGUUCGAAAAAGUAACGAAUGAAAAAGGCGAACAUUAUCUUGAAACUAACACGGUGGUUUAUCCAAAUUUCAAAUGCACAGAUGAUGUCAUUUUUCCAAAUCAAGUUUUUGUAACUACAGGUAAUGUUGAGAAUAUUAAACCAGAGUUAAAGAAGAUGAUUGAAGAGGAUAAUUCAAAAACAACUGAGGAAGAUCAUGCAGUUGAUGCUGAAGUUCAUGCUCCUGAUAAUCACAUACCAGAAUUUGCAAAGUUAACUGAUGAAUCUACAUCAACUUCACAACAAAGCGAAAGUAUGCAAAAUAGUCCAGUGGAGGGGGAGCAAUUGGAUUCGAAUACUUUAAAUAAUGAAGAGCAUUCUUUCGAGGGGGAGAAAGAUCAAAUGAAUGCUAAAGUCGAGGGGGAGCAUGUUGUUGAGGGGGAGCAUAAUUUUGAUGAUGCUUGUUCGAAUGCAGGCUCAGAAAAUGAAGAAAUAUAUGAAGAUGCACCUUUGGAAUUUGAUCCAUCAUAUCCACCAACCGAAAAAUGGACAAGAGAUCAUCUGAAGGAUCAAAAUUUUAUUGCAGAUUAUGAUGAUGAUUCAGAGGGGACAAUGCAAGCAGUAUAA